GUCAUAAACCUCACUGUACCGAGUGUCACAUUUGACAGACCUGCACCAUCUAACCUUUCUGAACACCUUCAUUGAGAGUACUUCCGUUGUACCCAUACGCAAACUAGACACCGUUUAUCAUGUCCGCUCCUAAAUUGCCAAAGAACUUUGGUGUCGUACUGUUCCCGGGUUUCCAACUGCUCGACGUUUGUGGUCCUCUGGAUGCCCUCAAUGUGCUCUCAAACUCACACACUAUCAAUCUGUCCAUCAUCGCCGCGACCCGAGACCCCGUAGGAACGCAACACGCCCUGCAGGACCAACAGGGCUCGAGCUUCGACCAGCGUAUUGUACCUACGCACACUUUCAACGAUGCUCCCAAGGAUCUAGAGGUCCUGAUUAUCCCCGGUGGCUUGGGUAACAGAAUCGAUGACAACAUGAAGCCGGUGGUUGAGUACCUGUCUUCGCUAGGCUUGGACUCUGCAUCACCGAAGCAUCUGAGGGGUGAUAUCAAAUGGAUCUUGACAGUGUGUACUGGGAGUGAGAUCCUAGCUAGAACUGGUGCUCUGGAUGGCAGGAGGGCAACGACUAACAAGAGGGCUUUCAACCAGGUCAAAGAGAAACACCCCAACGUAAACUGGGUGGCCAAGGCGAGAUGGGCAGUGGACGGAGAAUUCUGGACAAGCUCCGGCAUCUCUGCAGGUAUCGACCUGACCUUUGCUUGGAUGAGCGAGGUGUUCGGAGAAGAGACCGCGUCGUACGUUGCUGAUCGAAGCGAAUACGAAAGGAACACCGACCCAGAUAAUGAUCGGUACGCAGAGCGAUGGGGUGCUGUUUAGGUUGGUGGAAUCAUGCCACCACUGCCAGCUCAACACUUGAACCAAUGCAGAUUUUUUGUUGUCCGUCGAUUCAGGACACUGCUUAAUGAAGUAACUAGAUGUAUUUAAAAUUCCUGAUUUGCUGACUGAUGUCCGAAGUACGACCCUUUUGGUUUCUCAUGGUCAGUGUUCAUACGAAGUCCGACGCGCAGUCCAAUGUCCUUCAAGAACACCAAAUCAACUCAAGAUUAACGGAAAAUGAGUAAUCGACAGCUUUGGCUGAACUCCAUGACGAAUCUGGGAUAAAGUGUCGAAGCUCCUUCGAUUUUUCUUCCACCACAACAAUCUACAUUCACUCUUCAGCAUCAACAACAUCAACAAAAUCAACAAAAUCAACAAAAUCAACAAAAUCAACAAAAUCAACAAAAUCAACAAAAUCAACAAAAUCAACAAAAUCAA